UCAGAAGCGUGAGACUGGGACGUGCGAGCAUUAGCUCCGGCAGGUGAUUCAAUCGAAUAAGCAGCCACAACGUGCCCCAUGGCUCUGCGCUGGGCUCCUCCACUGCUCCUCACCCUGGCUCUCCAUCAAGGUAUAACUAUACCUUUGAUUUAUCAGAAAAAUGGUAUAUUGGUCAGGACGAAAGGUGAUCCCAUUGAUCUUGAAUGCAAGGACUGGUCUAAAGUGCAAUGGGUAACUCCACUGAGUGCGAAGAAGAACAUUGCUCGGAAUAGAGUCAACAUCAAGACAGCGGAGCCAAGACAUACCGGCCAAUACACAUGUGUUAAUCCCACGUCUUUUGAGAACCGCUCUCUGUACUUGUUUGUGGAAGACUCCAAGAAUUUGUUUCUGAAUCCAACAUCGUGGCAGAAGUUCGUUAGUGGAAAUGAAGGAGCUGAGGCACUUAUACCUUGUCGAGUAACAUCUCCUACCAUUAAAGACCUCAGGCUGGAGAAAAGUAGGGGGGCCACAAUGCCCCAAAACUUGUCCUAUACAGCUGACAUCUACACAGGGAUAAGCGUCAAAAAUCUGAAAAGGAGUUUUGAUGGAUAUUAUGUGUGCACUGCCAUAAAGGAUGGAACAAUGAAGAAAUCAAAAGAAUUUAAAUUGCAGAUAGUACCAGUACCCAAAAGUCCACCAGAAAUCACUUUGGAAGUCAACAAGAAGUUGCUGAAGGAAGGAGAAAAGUUUCAAAUGUCUUGCAUGAUAAAAAAUGUAAACCAUGCAUUCAGUGUGAAAUGGGACCAUCCGCAAAGUCCACUGCUGACCACCAGCCUUAGAAGACUUGUGGAGCUCACAUCCAUUGCUAGCCCAACUCUUGAGAGCAAAGUCUACCUGGGACCUACAAAAACACGGUCAUCCCAAAACUUUCCAAAACACUAUCAAAGCACAGAGGAAUUGACGAUUGAUUCAGUGAACGUGAAUGACACUGGAAACUUCACCUGCUUUGCGUGGAAUGGGUUUGGCAAGUCAAGUGCUUCAGUAUUCCUGCAAGUUGUAGCUGAAGGAUAUGUAAAGUUUUCAACUCCAGAGAACAAUACUGUUCAUGUGGAUCUUGGGGAAAAUCUAGUGUUAAAUGUGGAGUUUGAUGCCUACCCUGCGCCUAAUCAACAGUACUGGAUUCACACGGAAGAGAUAUUACUUAACACAUCUGAUCACUACAUGAAAUCUACUGAAAGUGGGAACAGAUACAUUGGUGAACUUCAUCUGGUCCGAGUAAAGGGAACAGAAGGUGGAAUUUACACAUUCUUUGCUUCGAAUUCUGAUUCCAACUCAUCGGUUUCAUUCGAUGUAUACAUAAAUAGCCGACCAGAGAUUAUUGUUCUUGAAGAAUACAGGCCAGCUAAAAUUCGAUGUGUAGCAGUCGGAUACCCAGAUCCAAAAAUAAGAUGGAUUCACUGUGCUGGACAACAGAAACGGUGCUCUGAGACAGCCAUAGCACCAGCAGAAGAACACUGGACAAACAGGAUAAUCGGCCAGCCCAGCUUUGGUAGGGUUGAAGUAGAAAGCAUUCUUAACACCAAAGAACUGAAGAGCAACAUUACCGUAGAGUGUCUGGCAUACAACAGUGUGGGCAAGAAUCACGCGAUUUAUCUGAUAAAAGGAGAAAUUAUGAAGACUCAUCAUCUCUUUACUCCACUCUUGUCCCUGUUUGCUGCAGCAGCAGGCAUACUGUGUGUGAUAUUAGUUAUUCUGUUUUACAAAUAUCAACAGAAACCCAGGUACCAGAUUCAGUGGAAGGUAGUUGACGGAAUCCAUGGGAAUAACUACACAUACAUCGACCCGACCCAGUUACCGUAUGAUGAUAAAUGGGAAUUCCCCAGGGAUAAGCUGCGUUUUGGUAAGACCCUUGGUGCUGGAGCCUUUGGGAAGGUCGUGGAGGCUGCAGCUUAUGGAUUGAGCAAGGCUGACUCCACUCUAACAGUUGCAGUAAAGAUGCUUAAACCAAGUGCUCACUCCACAGAGAAGGAAGCUCUGAUGUCUGAACUGAAAGUAUUGAGCCAUCUGGGGCAGCAUAUCAACAUUGUCAACCUGCUGGGAGCAUGCACUGUGGGAGGUCCAGUUCUGGUAAUCACUGAAUACUGCUGCUUUGGUGACCUUCUGAACUUUCUGAGGAGGAAGCGAGACUCAUUUAUUUGGCCAGAAACUAGAGAACAGGAUCUGGAGAAGACACAAUAUAAGAAUAUUCUGAAUCUGAGGGAUCCCGCGAACAAUAGUUCUGGAUCAUAUAUGGAAAUGAGACCAAGUAAAACAGCAGUUCCUCAGAUUACCCAGGACAGAAAAAGACUGCCAAGCAAGGAAUCCUUCAAUGAUAAGGAAAACAACAAUGAUGACACAGAAGACUACAACCUGGCCCUUGAGGUUGAAGAUCUUCUCAUCUUUUCCUACCAGGUGGCAAAAGGAAUGAGCUUCCUCUCCUCCAAAAAUUGCAUUCACAGAGACUUGGCGGCAAGAAAUAUUCUUCUGACGAAUGGACAGAUUGCAAAAAUAUGUGAUUUUGGGCUGGCAAGAGACAUUAGGAAUGAUUCCAACUACGUGGUGAAAGGCAAUGCUCGUCUUCCUGUGAAAUGGAUGGCCCCAGAGAGUAUUUUUGACUGUGUCUAUACAUUUGAGAGUGACGUCUGGUCCUAUGGUAUUUUGUUGUGGGAGAUUUUCUCAUUAGGGGGCAGCCCUUACCCUGGCAUUCCUGUGGACAACAAGUUCUACAAGAUGAUUAAGGAAGGUUAUAGAAUGCUGAGUCCUGAACUUGCAUCUGCUGAACUGUAUGAAGUCAUGAAAGCUUGCUGGGAUUCCGAUGCUUUAAGAAGACCUACAUUUGAACAAAUAGUGGAGAUGAUUGAAGAGCAGCUCUCAGACGCCUCAAAACAUAGGUAUUCCAACCUGGAGUCAAAUUUCACCACGAGGCUUAAGUUCUCCAGCCAUUCCUCGCGUCUUAAUUCAGCUGGCAGCAGCAAUGCAUCCGACCAACCGCUACUCAUUAAUGAUGACGUCUUCUUCGAAGAUGAAAACAAACAAAUGAGAAUUUAACCUGUCCAAAGUGCACAUGCCCUGCUGAGACUAAUAUACAGAAAAAAAUGACUGAGUGGAUAUUUUAUUAACAUUUUUUUAUAAUUCAUGUUGGAAUCAUAAAGCUACUUGGAAUCUACUAUACUGUAGUCCUCCGUGGCCAAGUUAAAUGCAUCAGAAUGAUUGUUCACUGCAAGACUGCUUGAGGGCUGCUUUGCAAACAUGUCAUGCAGCCUGACAUUUAAAAAAUAUGCAGUUUGUCAUUUUGUUUUGAAUUAUAUACAAUUGCGUUUAUCACUUAUUUUGCUGCAAUGCUUACAUCAGAUCACUAUCAUGCUGAACUAGCUAA